AUCAGUUUAUGCUAAGUAAACAUGUCUUUGUUUCCUUGCCCUCCGCCCCUCUCUUUUCCCUUUUUGUUUGUGCCUUAUCCCACCCACCGUCAACCUGUUGAAUGCUUCCAAACACCCAAUGUCCUUUCCUUCUCAGUUAAAACUCCCUGGGACUUGUUGAAUUUCGGUCAAUCUGGGUUCCGUUUCUUCUCCCCCCAACCAAGUUUACGGAGCUCAGCCAUCUACGAACCUCACAAACGGCAUGGCCUCUUCUUCUUGCCUUGGCGAUUUCCAGGAAAAUACCGUUCACCACAUCAGUGAUGAGGAAACUCUUUUUGAUAUUCUGGCAAAGCCAAUCGCCACUCCUCCUGCGUCAGAUUGGAGUGACCUUUCCAUCCACGACGGUGCCGGAUCUGAUGAAGGGGAUACCUUCAAAUAUGAAUGUACUGAAUGUCGAAUUGUUUGCGCCAACAUUGCAGAGCUGUGCUCUCAUCUUUUGAAGGAAAACUCAGCGCAUGUCGUAUGCCCAGAUUGUUUAAAGGAGUUUUAUGGAAGCAGGGAGGAAAAGGAAGAAAAGAAGAAGGCGCAUCUAAUCGAGCAGCACGAAGAGCAGAAAAGGCGGAAUUUCCACGAUGAUUCCCAGGGCCAGAACGAUCAUCUGCAAAAUAAGUUCUCCUCAUCAACUACACCCGCUGGUGUCCUCUACGAGACCAAAAGCGAUGAACAAGAUGAUGCUAAAGCAACAGCCUUGAUGUCUGAUAAGCUGACGAGUGGUCACGAAAAUGGGAGCAUCUCAACCACUCAGGAUGAGGAAUUAUAUACCGAGGGCAAUAGAUCCCCAAGGGAUGACAAGGAUCAUGCAGUCAGCGAGGGUACUUACGAUGCGGACAAUAGCAGAUCAUCGAGUGAUGAGUCUGAUGAGAAUACUGAGCACAGUACCGGGGUCACGGCAAGUCAACCAGGAACAAAUACCACCAAUCGACAACAAUCUACUAGAAGCAAAAGCCUUACUUGCUUUCCUUAUUACUACUGGGAGCCGGACACUUUUUAUGCACAGCUCAGCAAUCUCAACGUCGAAAGACUGAAGCGCGAAAGAAAGCAGGAGAUGAUGUGGUUGAGGGGUUUCGAGGGCGCUUGAAUUGAAAUAGCUUUUGCAUCAUGAAUGAUGAGUGGAAGCCAUGGGACUUCAUACACGUCUAAGAGGUUAAUAGAUUCAAAUUCAGGUGUAGUUUCUAUGGGACUUGAGCAAAAAUAGACAAGACUAUAAGAGAAACAAAGAAUUAGAUCUAAGCAAAGA